AUGAAGGACGGGUCGCUGAGCACCUCUGGGCAGCCACCGCCGCUCUUUAAGGGCCCGGAGCGGCGCGAAGCGAAGGGGACGACGAAGGGGUCUAGAGGGCCGGCCGGACAGUCAGCAUUGCCCCUGCUGCGCGGAGGCCAACCCGGAGUGGGCAGGGAUCCCGGGCGAGGCUCGAGCCGCCUCGGCAGUCCGAGGCGCGAGGACCGGGGGCUGGCGGGGGCGCAGCAGCGGCAGAGGCGCGACACCCGGGCACCUGGCGGGCGUCCCCGCGACCAGGGCGGGGACCCGGCUCUGCAGGCCGUUUUCCCUGAAAAUAGUAACGAGCAAAGAGGACAGACCACUCAAAGAAGAUGUUUAUUGGCAGGCAUCUUAGCUGAGGGCAACACAGUGACCCGUAACCGUCUUAGCUGUGAACAACCAAACUCCGUAAGUCUCAGGAUCCUCAGCUAUGAGUAUCAUCUUUCCUCGGUUAAUUCUUCGCUGUGUUUCCUGCCAGAACUCUUUUUUAUUCCAUUUCGAAUGACUGUCCUUCUCACUGGACCUACUAUGUUGCUCAGGACUCCUACCUCGAUUCAGUCGGGAAGAAGUGAAACUUCAGAGUUUCAGAUCCUGUGGCUUCCAGAGAAGGAUGAAUUCCAAUAUGAAAAAAUAGAGCAUUGCCCCCCACUCGUUAUCGUAAGGUAGAUAAAAGAGUCAUUGGCCUAGAGAAGAAAACACUUGGCAAAAGCAAAAUGAAAACUACCAGAUGAGAAGGAAUCUUAACCAUGUAGAAUCACUGUUGUCAUUCUUCAGAUUCCUGUGACAACAGGAUACACCACUGUAUAACCUUGGGCAAGUUUCUAAACUUUUUCAAACCUCUUUGUCUCUUCUAUAAUAUGAGCAUAAUAAUACUUAACUCUCUUGUUCUAGAGACUUCAAAGUGUUAAAUCAUAUUGCUCAAUAAAGAGUAGUUAUUCGUUUCUAUA